AUGUCAUUAUUGGAUCCUCGCGAAAAGCAGUGCAACAGUAAUGAUAGCGUGAAUAGGGCGGAGGUUGAUUAUAUGGCCAAAUUGGUAGACCUCUGGUGGAACGUCGAUGGGAUAGCAAAAAUGUUGCACACUUUCAAACAAGUUCGAAUUCCUCUUGUGGUGGAUGGUCUGAUAGAGACCGGUCGAAUCGAAAACACCAAACGUGGCCGGUCGGAUGUGCUGAAAGGAGUGCGCAUACUGGACGUCGGCUGUGGUGGUGGUAUCAUGGUCGAAGACUUGGCCAAACUGGGAGCCACGGUGGUAGGCAUUGAUCCGUGCGAAGAGUUGAUACUGCUCGCUAGAAAGCAUCUCGAAACGGAAUCUCCCGAACUGGCCGAUCGAAUUCAGUACCACAUAGAAACGGUAGAAGAGCACGUUAAAGUUCAUGGCGCGAUUUACGACGCAAUCGUUUGCUCUGAGGUGAUGGAGCAUGUUGACGAAAAAGUUCCCAUCCUCGAAGCGUGUGCUAAGUCUUUGAAGGCUUGCGGUUCUAUGUUUGUAACGACGGAAAAUCAAACCCUGGUGGCAUGGUUCGUGUAUAUAAUUGUGCCGGAAUAUGUUCUCAACUUUAUCCCACGACUGUGCCACUUCUACGAAAAGUUCAUCAGCCCGGCCAAAAUAUCCAGUAUGCUAUCAACAUUUGACUGUAAAACCAUUCGCGUGAAGGGAUACUUCUAUGAUCGAUUCGAUAAUAGCUGGACCUUCGUGGACGAUGAUCGUAUCAACUAUGGACUGCACGCGGUGAAAGCCUAG